GACUGCUCCCUACUAAAUUGUAUUCACGGAGGCUUGUACCAGGAAACAGCUCAUUCUCGAGGCCUUAUUUUGCUAACAACUGCAAAAGUGUUGUGUGCUUUACGUUUUUCAACUUUUUUUUUUUAUUCUUCCCUUCCGGUUUGAACAUGUCCUGGCAGAGUUUCAUUGAUAAUAUGCUGGCAUAUGAAGGUGUUUCGGAUGCAGUUAUCGCUGGUUGCCAGGAUGGAAGGUGGCAUAUUUGGGCUGCAGCUAAAGACCAGGAGUUGUGUAAAGUUACGCAUGAUGAAUUAAGUAAUCUGGUGAGCACCAAUCGUGAACAGUUGUUUAGUAAUGGUUUAAAACUUGGUGGCGUAAAAUACUUUAUGCUUAGAGAUGCAAUGUUUAGCGGAGAAGAGUGUUGCUAUGUCGAUGCCAGGGAAAAGGGAGCCGAAUCACAGACAUCUCCUCUAACAGCAGCCAAAGGGAAUACAGUAUUAGUCAUAGUAAAGGGUAAACCUGGUGUACAUGGAAGCAAAGCAAACGUGCCAGCUACAAACACUGCACUACACCUGAAAAGAUGCAACUAUUGAUUUCUGCAAGAAUGCUAAAGGCUGUAUCGAGAUCAUUACGGAUUUGGCCAUGCACAUACCUUAACACUAAUUUGAUUACACUAAUUUUGAUCUGGAGGCUGAAUUGGGCAUUUAUUUGGUUUCUUUUCUAUUUCUGAAUAAAAAAUUACUGCCAUA